AUGGUCAACAAAACCCUCCUGUGGUCAACGGGCAUGAAGAAGCGCGCGCGCCCCAGCAAGAACGAUUCGUCGACGCCAAAGACCUCGACGAUCAAGCAAGGUCAAUCGACGGCUGAACCGGUGACCCCCGCGGCAAAGGCGGUGGCGGCGGCAUGGAAGCAGGAAAAGACGGAGCUCAACACGAACAUGGCGAACCGGCUGCAACAGGCGGCGAAGGAGGAGGCAGCAGGAGCGACGGUGGCGCAGAAGGAGGCGGCGCAGAAGGGGACGCCAGAGGCUUGGGCAAGGGCCGAGGAGCUCGAGAAGAAGGCAGAAGAGUUGGCGCAGAGGGCGGCGAAGGUGGCAGCGCUCUUUCGUGUGACCCCCAAGGGCGCCCCUGCCGCCCCUGGCACCAGCUGGUUCAAUGCGUUGGCCCAGAUUCUCGUGUACAGCAAGGGCUUCACCCGCUUGCUGCAGAACCACGAUUGUCACGAUGGCGAAGUCUUCAAGGGACUCCACGACUACGCCGAGUACACGGAAGAGGACGACGGCUCGCUCCCACGCCCUUCGCUGUUGAAGGUGGCAGAAGCAAUGGAGGAAGCUGGUAUCGUCCCGCGCGUCAGCGCCGCCGACCCAGUCACCGCCCUCUACCACCUUCUCAUCCACCUCGACGUCCUCUCGGACCCGGCCCGCCCGUUCUGGGAUCUGUUCUACUGGCAGCUCGAGUUUUUCCAGCACUGUCUUGCCUGCGGGUUCGACUACGAGAUUGUCAAGCAGCAGCGCAUCAUUCGCAACACCAUCAUGACGGACGAUUUGGUCAAGAGCUACGUUGCAGAUGGCGCGGACGUCAUUACGACCCAAAGCCUGUUCUGGCAGGGCAUGCCCAAGCCGCCUGUCGAGAAACACUGCCUUUGCGGAGGUGUUGCAACUGUGGCCACUGAAGCCCGUUUGUCGCGCUGCCUGGCUCUGAGCUACACGUACCCAGACUCCGAAGGCGAGCCAGCCCUUUCUUGCCAAGUGGCUGUAUCGCGAGCCAUCACCUUCGAGGACUGUCGCUGGUCGCUGGUAGGCGCUCUGUUCAGCCACCAGCCCGUCGACCCCGAGGGUGCCGUCCACUUCACCGCGAUCAUCGCCACCUGGUACAAGGUCUACCACGUUUCCGACGACACCGUCAACGACAUCACCACUGGCGAUGAGGCCCACAAUGUCUGCCUCAACGGCGAUGACGUCGCGCCGUUUGACGUUCAGAAGCUCAAGAUUGCUGGAUACCAGCAGCCUCGUCUGAUCCUGGCGCUCUAUGAGAGCUAG